AUGUCCUCCUCAGCAAACACUGCGAAAAAACGCUUGAAAAAACCCGUCCCCACCCCCGCGAAGCAAAAACAAAGGCAGGGAAAGGCGAAACCACGGUCGACACAGAAAGUCACCACUUCCGACGCCGAGGACGAUUCCACAUCGGCGGGGUAUUCUGAGUCCGCAUCUGCCUCUGGUUCUGCACCUGGUUCUGCGUCUGACUCCACGUCUGAUUCCGAAGAAGAAGAAGGAGAGGAGGAGGAGGAGGAGGAGGAGGAGGAGGAGGAGGAGGAAGAGGAUGCAUCCGCAUCCGCAUCAUCGGAAUCCGACGACGGAUACCACCCCCCGGCAGACUUCCUCCGCCUUCCGCCGCCCUCACCAUCCAGUCGAAACCCGUUCUCGUCCAAGAACCUCGCCGGGAAGGAGUUAUGGCUGAUAUCGGCGCCGGUGUCGGCACCGUUGUCGAAGUUAGGGACUGUUAAUGCUGCCGACGUACUAGAUAAUGCGCAAGUGCUUGGAACGAGUAGUGGGCGGAUGUUCUCAGUCCGCGAGGCGGAUGAGGGCGCAGGUGUACAGGUUUUGGUACCGGAUGGGAGGGGGGGGUAUUUGCUUGGUGGGAAGAAGAUUACGAAAUCUGUGCAGUUCUUCGAGACGUUGCCGUAUAGGGAGCCUGAAAAGAGGAGUAAGGCGGCGAUUGCGAAGAGCGUCAGAGCCCAGCCUGAUGGGUUGAAGAUGAGGUUUAAGCCGAUGGGGUAUGUUGGCGAUCAGGACGAGGACGGGAUGCCGGAUGCUGUAGAGCCGGAGGCCCUAGAGCCCGUCAAGAAGAAGCGGAGGGAGAGUGGGGAGGAAGGAGGACUUAUUAGGGUGAAGGGUGAAAAGGGGGAACAUAGGGUGAAAAAACAUAAGAAGAAUAGAAAGGAGACCCUUUCUUGAGCUUAGUUUUCUUUUCCCUUUUUCAUUCUGUUCCACACGAUACGGGUGGUGGACUGAGUUGGUGACAGUAUAUAUUGUAUCAUAUCAGAUUGCUUUAGGCGGUAUUCAAAAGUUUUUGCGA